AAUCCCUCCAAUUGUGUCUCUGCCAAUCCCUCCACUGGCCUCCACUCAGUGUACUCCACCCCCCUCUGCCAAUCCCUCCACUGGCCUCCAUUCAGUAUCCUCCUACCACCCCCCCCUCUGCCAAUCCCUCCACUGGCCUCCACCCCUCUCUGCCAAUCCCUCCACUGGCCUCCACUCAGUGUCCUCCACCCCUCUCUGCCAGUCCCUCCACUGGCCUCUACUCAGUGUCCCCCACCCCUCUCUACCAUCCACCCCUCUCUGCCAAUCCCUCCACUGGCCUCCACUCAGUGUCCUCCAUCCCUCUCUGCCAAUCCCUCCACUGGCCUCCAUUCAGUGUCCUCCACCCCUCUCUGCCAAUCCCUCCACUGGCCUCCAUUCAGUGUCCUCCAUCCCUCUCUGCCAAUCCCUCCACUGGCUUCCACUCGCCCAACGAAU